ACUUUUGUUUAUUUUCUUCCUGGAAACUGCAUCAUCAUUCAUCACUUAGACCUCUCCAUCACUCUUCCUUCUUUUGGUGUGUUAGUUGGAGUUAUCCUGUAAAAGGUACAAGAGUGAAGUUUGGAUAUUUAUUAAGACCCUCGAGUUCUACUAUGUCUGGAAGCCAAGAGCCUAGGAUCAGACCAUCUACCUGGAGCUGCAGUGAUAUUCCAAUCAAGAAGAGGAAGUACCUUGUGCAGCCGCAACUGGAAGAAGCUGGCUCCUCACAGAUUCCACAACCUAGUGAGCAAGGUGAUACUAGUGUUGUUGCUAGGAGUGCUUUGGAUUCAUCUCUUCCUGAUGAAAAUCAGAAAAUGACUGGUCCAUCUGUUUCUGUGGGAAUUGCUGGUAAAGGGAAGAGCAUUGGGAACAUUAUUUUAGACCAAAUUAGAGUGAAAGUUGAGAAGCCAAGUUCUCCAAUUCGCUCCAGUCCUUUGGCAGGGUUUGAUAUCCCUUCUACUUCCAACAUACUUGGCAGUUCUCUCCAUUGUUCUCUGGGAAAGCUUCCUGUUGGUUCUGAACACCCUGGUGUUGUUGUCACCUCAGAUGCACAAACUGGGAUGAAAGUAGAAAAAACUGUUCUUAAGACUCAUGACAUUGUCAAGGAGACGUGUGACAAGGAAACUCUCAGAGGAGAGUGUCUAACAGAAGCAUCUUCUGGUGCUAAUACUGUUUCCUUACAGCUAGGUUGUAACACUAAAAACAGUUCUCCAUAUUGGAAGAAUGAGGAGCCUACAGAACUGAAUUUGUCAUUAAGCAAGGGAGUUUGUCCCGCUCAUAACACAGAUUCUACUUCUACUUGUACUAAAUCUGGCAACAGUGGUGUGAACAGAGAAAAUUGGGAUUUGAAUACUACCAUGGAUGCUUGGGAAGGUGCUCUGGAUCGCACGACUAGAGUUAAGACAACUGGUACAUUCUUAAACAGUAACAGAAGUCUUCGUGACAUAGAAAGAUCAAGUUGUCUUGAUACGACUGCUAUUGCAAAGUCUGUUUCUGUAAAACAGAAGGAAAAAGUAGGAUUUAGUUCUCCUAAGGUGACUUUGAUGCAGUUUGAUAAUCAGGUUAAUCCCACAUGCUCACUUAGUCUAGGCCUCAGUUCAUAUCCUCCUAUUGAGAAAUCUCCUUCUCUACCAGCUAGCACAUCAGAGGCAAGAGCUGCUUGUACAAGUUUUACCAGACCAGUAAUGAUUGCUGGGAAUGUGAAUUCGGUGAACCUUAGGACUGUGAAGUCAGAAAUCAUUGAAGAGAGUGUUAGACACGAAACUGAGAGUGCUCAAGUUUGUCCAAUCGGGCUAUCUAUUAAAGGAGUGAAACAUGAGGUUGUUGGCAGAUUCAGCCAAGGAAAUAGUCCCUCAUCUGUCAUUUUGAAGCCAGUUGUUCCUAUAUCAGUAAAGGCUGAGCCAAAUACCUUCACCCAAUCGGAAGUUUUCCAUAGGAAAGAUGGAAUGUUGAAUCAUCCUCAUACACCAAUUGUGCAAUCAAAUGAGAUCCCUGAUUUACCUACAAGUUCUACGCCAUAUCAGAAGGAUACAUAUAUACCUUGUUCUAAGGGUAUCAUCAAUGCACCAAUGUCCUUAAAUGGAAUGACAAUAGUUCCGGGCGUUCAGAUUGAUCCUGACUGUACAUUAAAAGAAAAUUCAGGCCAGAGUAGCAGUGUAGCUAAUGGUAAAUCAUGCGAAGUGCUGAAACAUGGUGGAGUUCACACGACUUAUUCAUGUUCUGGUCAUGGUGAUCAUAACCUCAAUGCUUCAGGUGUGAAUGUUACUUCCUUGACUGAAGAGAAAAUUGUAGAUGAUUGCAAGACCUGUAUAUCGAAAGAAAUCCCUCGUAAUUCUUGUGGAACUGAUGAACUUUCUAUAAAUGAUGAAGAAAAGAUUAUUUUAUCUGGUAAGGAGCUAGAGGAACAGUUAUACAGUUAUGGGUUUGAAUCAGAUUGUGGUCAUGAUCUAUCUGGAGUAAUGAAGAAGCAAGUUGAGAAAACAAAUUUGUACGAUGACGGGAAGGUUCAAGGACCAGCUGCUGUUUUCACGGAAAGUAAUGAGGUUGCACAUGCCGAGUACGGUGGUUCUGAAACUGAGCGAAGGAACAUUAAUAUUCCGUGCCAUGGCGAUUUUCAAAAUUCUAACCAUAUGGAAGAAAAAGGGAGUCAGCCUGCACUUCUUGAUAAUACAGGUGAAAACGAAGGCCGGAUAGUUCAGGAUGGUGAAGGAAUGUCAGGUGUCUCUACAGUGUCAGGCGGCAUUGAAAACCCUGAUAUAGUAGAUAACAGCAGUCCAGUUUCAUACAAGGCAGAAAUGUCUACUAUUGACAAUGAUCCUCCUGCGGAGUGCAGUGACGGUAGUCAGAGUCGAAUUAUAAACUUAACUCAGGUUUCUAAUAAAUCUCCAGUUAAGGCACUAGAUGCUUCAGGCAGCUUUGUGCCACCCCGAAUGGAAAGAGAUAGAUUUCAUGAUUUCCCACUCGAACCGCGGAAAUAUAUUUUCAGAGGGAGUGAUGAAUCCUACAAAUUCUCGCGUGAGAGGUACCAUGGCAAAAUCAUGAGAAGCCCAAGGUUAAAUUUCAUACCUGACAGAAGGAGAUUACCUGAUAACACAGAAAGCAAUCUGCAUGACCAGGACACAAAAAAUUUUGAGUUUGAUAAUCAUGGAAACACUCGUCGGGGUGGUGCUUUUAUGAGUAAUUUUCAGAGAGGGAGACGGCCUGCAAAUGAUGAAGUAACACCUUAUUCUCACUCCUUUCCGAGAAGAAAUUCUAGCUUUUCAUUUAAUAGAGGACCAACAAAUAAAGAGGAUGCAUCUGCAUUUCACGGAUUUAGAGAUGGUGAAAAAUUCACUAGGGGAUUACAAUGUAACAACACAGAACCAAUGUUUAUGAAUCCCCAACGUCCAUAUCAAGGUCGGAGUGGUUUUACUCGAGGACGAACAAAGUUUUUAAACAACCCCAAACGAGGUUUUCCUGGAUUUCGUUCACGAUCUCCAGUUAGAUCAAGAGAACGAUCAGAUGGUUCAUCCUCGUCUUUCAGGAACAGAUCACAAGAAGAGUUCAGUGGGCAUACAGACUUUUCUCAUCGAAGAUCACCCUCAGGUUUCAAAAUGGAGAGGAUGAGCUCGCCUGACCAUUCUGGUUUUUCAAGGGAAAUGGUUGUCAGAAGACACAAUUCUCCACCUUUCUCGCACAGACCAUCACAUGCUGGAAGGGGACGGGGUUAUCCAAGGGGCCGAGGUUAUGCAAGGGGUCGAGGUUAUGGAAGAGAUGGCAACUCAUUUAGGAAACCAUCUGAUCGUGUUGUACAUAGAAACCAUGGAAACUUGAAUAACUUGGAUCCUCGAGAAAGGGUCGACUAUAGUGAUGAUUUCUUUGAAGGUCCAAUUCAUUCUGAACGAUUUGGUGUUGAUGUUAACGCUGAGAGAAGACGAUUUGGUUAUAGACAUGAUGGUACCAGCAGCUCUUUUAGACCAUCUUUUAACAAUGAUGGUUGUGUACCUACUAAUGUAGAGAAUGACCCUGAUGCUGUGAGGUUCCGACAGGAACCUCAUAUUAAAAUUGAAGAACAAGGGAGUUUGAUGGAAAUUGAUGGGGAAAAUAAGAACUCAACUGAGAAUGCAUCUGGAAGAACUAAGAAUAUGGAAGAGGAGGAAACUUCAAAGAACAGUGAAAUUUGGCAACUGGAUGAGCUCGGUGGUGAUGGUUUUUAGAAUAAAGUUUCCGGUGUUCUCCUCUGCACUGCCGCACUGUCCGUGUUUAAGUUGGAAUGGGUAUAUGAUUGAAGCAAGAUGGUUUAAAUACAUGUGGGAACUUUCAGGCUUCUCUACACAUUGUAAUCCUCAGCCGGCUUUUGUAGAACGUUACUGGUCCUACAGAUGAACAAGUAUCUUUGCCGUAGCACUCGAGUGUUCUACUUGAAGUUGGACUUGCCAGAACCAUAACAACCCUAAUAUAUGGUUGAGUUGUAACUGUUAUUGGUUUAGGACAUUCAGUUUCAUCAGCGAAGAACCAGAUGAUGGAUUCUCAUAACAUGAUCUCAUCAAUCUGGCGUUAGGUAUACCCAAAGAUGAUUAAAGUACACACAUUUUGGUGGAACUUGAAGUGCUACACCAAGCUUGCUUGAGAUGUUGAAACAGCCACUUAUCAGUUGAUAUAGACAAAAGGAGUAGAACACUCGAGACAAAUAAGGGUUAGUAAGUUUGAUAUUAUUGUUUUGACCCAAUAAUAAGCUUUUUCACCUAUCAAGUUGACGCAUGUACAGUUUGGUAGAACUGGAUUUACUGGCCAUGGACGAGAGCAAACUGGAAACGGCCUAAGUGUAGGCAUGUGAAAGAUUCGUGGCACAGAAUUUUACCAGGUCUAAUCAGUAGAUGUUGUUAAUGAGGGGUUGAAGUGUUGGGAACUGGAAGAAGAAUCCAUAAGAUCUGAUUGGGGCAUGUGUAUGAGUUUGUAUUUGGUUCAUGUUUCUAGGCAAGAGACUAAAGUUUUUAGAGGCUGGUGUUAUAAGAGUGACGAGACUAUAAGCUAAGCUACCUCUUGACUAAUGGUUGGCAAAUCCAUCAACAUACGUCAUAUGAUGUUCUACGGAAUGUGUAAGGUGCUAUUGUACUAAAAAGUUGGCAUUUUA